AUGGAGGUUCAACUUUAUGUCUACGACCUGUCAAAGGGUCUGGCACGAAUGUACUCUGCCGCUUUGACAGGAACGCAGAUGGACGCCAUCUAUCAUACAUCCAUCGUGCUCAACGGCGUUGAAUAUUACUUCGGUCAAGGUAUUCAGACCGCCGUUCCAGGCACUACCCAUCAUGGCCAGCCUAUGGAAGUCGUAUCAUUGGGUACUACUGAACUACCGACUGAGGUUGUUGAAGAGUACCUGGGAUCGUUGGCUAGCAUCUACACGCCUGAGUCAUAUGAUCUUUUCCUUCACAAUUGCAACAAUUUCACGCAAGAUCUGUCGAUGUUUCUUGCUGGAAAAUCUAUUCCAGAGCACAUCCGAAAUUUGCCUCAGACCUUCCUCGAGACGCCGUUUGGGCAGAUGAUGAAGCCUCAAAUUGAGAUGGCCCUCAAAGGCGUCACCCAAGGCACCGGCCAAUUUGGAGCUCCUGGUCCAAGUGUCCAACCACCAUCAGCAAGAACUUCUUCUGCCACACCUCAACAGAUUGCCCGAUCCGCUCACCCUCAUCGUCAACUCCGACUUCCCAGCCUCCAGCGCGAGAUCACGAACUUUGUUAUGUACAAGAAGGCCCCGCCACUUGAAAAGAUAAUCCAGAAGCUACCAAAUGAGUUCCAAGAAGCACAAGGCGUUCCAGAGAUUAUCGAGUUUGUCAAGCUCCGUCACUCUGCGACACCGGUAGCCGAUAUUCGUGUCCCCGACUUGCAUUCAUUCGCAACAACCCUGAAGCUCCAAUACUCGACACUCCCCAGCGGCUGUCAUUUUGCAGUGGUUGAUUUGAUUCGUCUUCUACUACUUGAUCCACGUGUCAGUGGCUACUUCGCUGAAGAAACGCAACACGAAACUCUCCUCACUCUGCUCGAGCCGCUUUCCCAGGAUGAGACCGCCUCAUACCCAUACAACCUUCGAAUCGUGGCUCUUCAACUAGCCUGCAAUCUCUUUAGCACUCCACUAUACCCAGACCAGCUCACCUCAUCUUCGUCCCGUUUACGCGAGACCUGUCUCCGUCUCGCAACAAACUCCCUCCUCGACUCGCAGACCAGCCUCCGCGUCGUUGCAGCAUCCUUUGCCUAUAACCUUGCAUCAUUCAACCACAAUGCCCGCUUCGGUAACAAGGCCGAUCCCAUCUCCGAAGAAGAUCAGGUCGAGCUGACAGCAUCUUUGCUUGAGGCGGUCACUCGCGAAGAGGAGAGCAUUGAAGCUUUACACGGGUUGCUCUUUGCUCUCGGCCUACUUGUCUACGAGGCCCCGAUGGAUGGAUCUCUGAUUGAUCUCUGCCGUGCUAUGGGUGUGGCGGAGACGAUUUCUGGGAAAAUGAACAUCCAGGCGGUACAAAAGGAGCCUCUGCUCAAAGAGAUUGGAGGAGAUUUGUUUGGAAAGGGGCUGUAA